AUGGAUGCCUCGCGGGAUGUCAUGGAAAUAUCGGACGACUCAGAAAAUGAUCAGAAUGGCCCAGCAUCGCAAGCAAGACCACCUCCUAAGACUCCUCGUCCACGGGGCCGUCCGCGUGUUUCGGCUCCGGGUUUUCGUGUUCGUGCUCGUGCCCCUGCGGCUCCUGCUGCAGCCAGCCCUUCUAAGUCAACCCGCCAGUUGAAAUUGUCACUUCCAAAAAUGCGGCGUUCAGAUGAGCGAUUUUUGUUGCCUGAAUUUCGUUACAGCGUGAUGACCAACAUCUCAAUAUAUGAAUCACUUAAGGCAUUUCUUGUGAGCCUAGGAGAAACAGAAGAUGCGACAUUUCCAUGGUGGAGGGUCAUCCAAGACUUUGUGCACUUGUAUUUUGAACACUUCGAUCAUGAAUACCCCGUGGUUCACCCAUAUGCUCUAGAAUUUGGGCAUGACAAAACCUCGUGGAUGGUACUUUUAGCAGUGGUCACUGUUGGGAGUCAGUAUAGCGCUUUCGGCAAUGCCAGUCAGUUUUCAGCAUCUUUCGGUGACAUACUGUGUCAGGCAAUAGCACAAAACCAACCUCAAUCACCCGAAACAACAACUUUAUCCUAUGCACAAAGCGUAUUUCUUAGUGACGUCUGCCUGAUGUUUGGCGGCUCGCACAAAGCGCAGUUGAAGCUGCAAUAUGAGCGAAAUGUGCUCGUCACAUUGGCCCGUGUCUUGAAGGUUGAUCAAUGCAUGAAAACAAAAACGUCACAAGCCCCGAGACAGUGGAGAGCCUGGCUGGCAAGAGAAUCUCGUAUACGUUUACUUCAUUGUAUCUUUCAGCUCGAAUGUCUUCAGCUCAUUUUAUUUGAUCGUCAGCCGAUAUUUGGGCAGCAUGAACUCCCCGAGGAGUUCCCCUGUCGCCAAUCACUAUGGUGUCGUAGAAAUGCCGACAAUUUCGUCCAUGUAUACCAAUCUGAUCAAAAUGUAUCACAACCUCCAUCUACUCAACUUGAUGUCAGAAAAGCCAAUGAAACCAUGGCAGGAAUGGAUGCUUACCGCCGAAAUCUCUACAUGCUGUCUCUUUACAGCGAGGAGAGAUUGUUCCUUGACAAAAUGUCAUAUUCUUCCAUCUGGAAAUCGGGUCUAAGUUCCCAAGUGACCGGCGUGCCAGUUCAGGAGCGAUGGGACCAUAUCUCAUCAACCCCUUCCGCUCUGCGCGCAAUGAUGUUUCGGUCCAUGAACGAAAUAUUCGCGGCCAUUCCCACCUCAGCCAAACCAGACUAUAUUGCCGCUCGAGAUGUCAUUCAUCAUAUACUGUCCCUUCUCCGGCAAGUAUCACUUCAGAUGCUCGAGUCAUUUUCAGGGUGGCAAGGCGAGGAAGCCGAGGUCGAUACGACAACAAGUAUCCUGAAACAUUGGAUGGAAAACAAUGCACCUAGUGCCAGGAAAUGUCUGUGGCAUGCUGUAUGUGUUUACAGCACAUUGAAAGCGAAGCAGAAAUUUUCCUGCCAUGAUCCUCUCUGUUUCCUUAUUGCUUUCUUCUAUAUAUGGGCAUUCGACGAGCUCGUGGUCGAGCCUGAGAUCAAAAAGCCGGAUGCUCCAACUAAAGAGAUUCGCUUGUUAGACACCAGGGAAAUUCAUAUUUGGAUCGCCGAAGGCCCAAACACUCCGCUCAACCUGGUUGGAGUCGGAAGUCUGACGGGCAAAGCAAGCUCCUUGCGUCUGCUGUCCGAGGUGAGCCAGAUUUUCUCAAAACGGAAGUCCUGGUCUGGGCUUUGCCGUGGCCUUGCAGCUGCAGUUGAUCAAAUCCUGAGCAAACAGACAGCCCAGGCAGCCCCCCAGACAGCUCCCCAGACAGCUCCCCAGACAGUCCCCCAGGCAGUCCCCCAGACAGUCCCUCAAGAGGCCCCUAGGGAAGAUAGCAAUGUCCAAGUGGCUUGA